CGUGGGCAGCACUCGCUGGCUAGCCCUCGAGGCGUCUCGCGUGCCCAUCUUCGGUAGCAUCGCGUAUCCCGCCACAGACGUUAUAUCUGGCGUCGCGACGCCCUCGAGCCUCAGCCACUCCUCAGCCGCCCGUCGAUUCACAGCUCACCCUCACGAAAAACUAAAGCAGCAGCAAAAUGUGUGAUGACGAAGUAGCAGCCCUGGUCGUAGAUAAUGGUUCCGGCAUGUGCAAGGCCGGCUUCGCUGGAGAUGACGCUCCCCGCGCCGUCUUCCCCUCGAUCGUUGGUCGACCUCGCCAUCAGGGAGUGAUGGUCGGUAUGGGUCAGAAAGACAGCUACGUGGGUGACGAAGCCCAGAGCAAAAGAGGUAUCCUAACACUAAAAUAUCCGAUCGAACAUGGUAUCAUCACUAACUGGGACGACAUGGAGAAGAUCUGGCAUCACACUUUCUACAACGAAUUGCGUGUCGCACCAGAGGAACAUCCUGUCCUCCUCACUGAAGCGCCCCUCAACCCGAAAGCUAAUCGCGAAAAGAUGACGCAGAUCAUGUUCGAAACCUUCAACAGCCCGGCCAUGUACGUCGCCAUCCAGGCCGUCCUUUCCCUAUACGCUUCCGGUCGUACCACCGGUAUCGUCCUGGACUCCGGUGACGGUGUCUCUCACACCGUACCUAUCUACGAAGGUUACGCCCUUCCUCAUGCCAUCCUCCGUCUGGACUUGGCUGGUCGCGAUCUUACUGAUUAUCUCAUGAAGAUCCUCACCGAGAGAGGCUACAGCUUCACUACCACGGCUGAGCGAGAAAUCGUCCGCGAUAUCAAGGAAAAACUAUGUUAUGUCGCUCUGGACUUCGAACAGGAAAUGGCCACCGCUGCUGCCAGCACCUCUCUCGAGAAGAGUUAUGAGUUACCCGAUGGUCAAGUCAUCACCAUUGGUAACGAGAGGUUCCGCACACCAGAGGCUCUCUUUCAACCUUCCUUCCUGGGUAUGGAAUCUUGCGGUAUUCACGAAACCGUCUAUAAUUCCAUCAUGAAGUGCGACGUCGAUAUCCGUAAGGAUCUCUACGCCAAUAAUGUCCUCUCCGGUGGUACUACCAUGUACCCCGGUAUAGCCGACCGUAUGCAAAAGGAAAUCACCGCCCUUGCGCCCUCAACUAUCAAGAUCAAGAUCAUCGCUCCUCCUGAGAGGAAGUACUCCGUAUGGAUCGGUGGUUCCAUUCUGGCUUCUCUGUCUACCUUCCAGCAGAUGUGGAUUUCCAAACAAGAGUAUGACGAAUCUGGCCCUGGCAUUGUCCAUCGCAAAUGCUUCUAAACGCAUCAUUACACGAUUGAUGCAACAGCAUAAUUUAAAAAAAAACACAUUUGCUCGGGGAGAACAUACAAAUAACAUGCAAUUCUGGCCUGAGCAAUCAAGCUGCUAUAAGAAAAUAUCAGAGCAUUAUCAUCGUCUCUCGGUCCUCAUCAGAUCUCAUGGAAUCAUUGUCACGGUUUCGUUCAUCGUUUUUGCACAAAUAACGGCGAUCUAGUUAAUCAUCCUCAACACCGCAAACUUUUGUAAAAAGUGCGCUCCGAUACCAUCAUUGCUCACUUAAUGUUAUCAUUAUGGCCGAGGUAAUGGUUGGCGAGAUUGGCUCUCGUUUCAGGACUUUUCUUACGGUAGCCUUGGAUAUUGUCAAGCAUUGGGAAGGAUCUUUGCAUAUUUAAAUGUAGAUGGAUGCUACCAAAUGCAUCUUUUGAUCCACGAAUGAAAUCUUCUGGGAGAUAUAAGAACAGGCAGGAACCUCGAAACGCUUGGCAACGAGCUUGAGACUACUUCGGGAAAGCUGCGCUUUUUUCACUGUCACGUGAGCAUUUCUCAUCAACGUUCGAGAAAUCGAUCCUCUCUUAAUACGUACUACAUAUUGAUUACGUCUAGUCUGUUAAUCGAAGCAACUAAGUAUCUACCAAUGUAUUUCUAUAUUUUAAUUUAUUUUGUAAAUAUUAUACAUUAUGUUAUUAUAUAUUGUUAUACGAUGUCAAAGUGAAUUCAAAUACAUUAUAUCAUAUAAUA